AUGGGAUGUAACUCGUGUCAUAUUCAUCAUCUCAUCUUCAUCCCCAAACAUGAACGGAAAUGCGACUUCCACUGGAACGGCUGCGCCAGUGUUGCAUCAUCAUCUUGGAAGGCAAUAAAUAGUUACAGUGGGCAAACAUUCUUCACUGCGGCAGACCCGACAAGUGGGAAUGUUCAGUAUGUAGAUCAAAGCACCGCUCAGAGCGCAGGUCUCAUCGAGAUUAACUCGAACGGGAACGCCGUGAUGCGUGUUGAAACAACGCCACAAGUCCAGACUAAUCGGCAGAGUGUGCGAAUUACGACUCAAGCCACUUUUUAUGGUGGCUUGGUUGUGAUGGACGCCGUGCAUAUGCCUACUGGAUGUGCAACGUGGCCUGCCUUUUGGACCAAUGGCCCUAAUUGGCCAGCCGGAGGCGAGAUCGACAUCAUCGAGGGCGUGAGCAACUACACGAACAAUCAAGCAACGAUUCACACCAACCCAGGAUGUACAUUACCCUCCACUAACAGUGCCCUGCUUAAUAUGUCUGGCACAUUGGUUGCGUCUACUGAUUGCUCAGCAGCUCAGACUGGUAACCAGGGGUGUGGAAUUCGUUCUAACUCGAGCGUCUCGUUUGCAUCGGGGUUCAAUGGAAUUGGUGGCGGUGUUUAUGCUAUGCUCUGGGACAACUCCGGCAUCAAAGUAUACGGUGUUGGAAUGACUGCAUAUGGCGAGUGA